CAGUGCGCGAUGCGCAUGCGUGUUGAAGUGCAAAAAAUUUUGCAGUUUCAGAAACCGAAAUAGCUCGUUUUUAUGUUUUCCAUUCGAAACAGUUGCGUGUUUUCUUGUUAUUUUAUCAAUUCCAACACUCCCGAGUCCUUAGCAAAUCACAAAUCCAAGCCAAGAUGCUUUUCUUCGUGACAUUUUCAAGAUUAUUGAAAUGAACGAUUGAGCUGUGAUUUCCAAUGAUGGAGUUUGCACAACCGCCCCCCAACAUGGCGAUGCCACCCCCGGGCAUGGGGCAGCAAAACAUGAACAUGCCGCCACCUAACAUGGGCGGACCUGGAGGGUAUCAACACAACAAGCCCCCAUUUAGGCCCUUCAUGAACAUGCAAAGGCCCCUGCCUGGCCCUUUGGGCAACAUGACCCUCGAAGACUUUGAUGGAAAGCGACUAAGGAAGUCGGUAAUGAGGAAAACUGUAGACUAUAACUCUUCAAUUAUUAAAGAAUUACAAUCACGAGUAUGGCAGAGGGACUAUCGGGAUAGAAGAGCCCUGCAGCCUGACGUGAUGUAUUACCCUGAUAUGAUGCCCCCUCCGAGUUACCAAGAUAACCCCAUUAACUGUGUCACCACUAGGUUCGUUAAAACAGCAACAAAUAAGAUGAGGUGCCCCAUUUUUUGCAUGGCGUGGACCCCUGAAGGGAGGAGACUCGUCACCGGCGCCAGCUCGGGGGAGUUCACGCUCUGGAAUGGUCUCACCUUCAAUUUCGAAACGAUUUUACAAGCUCAUGACAGCCCCGUGCGAACGAUGGUCUGGAGCCACAACGAUAGUUGGAUGGUGACAGGCGACCACGCGGGUUACGUGAAAUAUUGGCAGUCAAAUAUGAACAAUGUGAAGAUGUUCCAGGCCCAUAAAGAAGCUCUUAGAGGCAUAAGCUUCAGCCCCUCGGAUACGAAGUUUGUAACUUGCUCAGACGACGGUACUCUGCGAAUUUGGGACUUUUUCCGGUACCAAGAGGAGCGCAUCCUGCGAGGUCACGGGGCUGACGUCAAGUGUGUGCACUGGCACCCCCAAAAGGGGCUUAUCGUGUCCGGUAGUAAAGACAAUCAGCAGCCGAUCAAGUUGUGGGACCCCAAAAGCGGCCAGUCUUUAGCCACCUUGCAUGCGCACAAGUCGACCGUCAUGGACUUGAAGUGGAAUGAGAACGGCAAUUGGCUAAUAACGGCGUCACGUGACCAUCUUUUAAAACUCUUCGAUUUGAGGAAUCUCAACCAAGAGGUGCAGACCUUCCGCGGGCACAAGAAGGAGGCUUCCAGCGUCGCCUGGCACCCCAUCCAUGAGGGGCUGUUCUCGAGCGGGGGGUCCGAUGGGUCCAUCAUGUUCUGGCACGUUGGAGCCGACAAGGAAGUGGGGGCUAUCGAACAAGCCCAUGAUAGUAUAGUCUGGACCCUGGCGUGGCACCCCCUGGGACAUAUCCUCUGUUCAGGAUCCAACGACCACACCAGCAAAUUCUGGACCAGGAACCGGCCAGGGGACCAAAUGAGGGAUAAAUACAACUUGAAUACUCUCCCCGCCGGUAUUGCAGGGCUUGAGGACUUGGAUAUGGGCGAAGAACCGUCAAUUAUUCCCGGAAUGGGCCCCGAUGAUAAGGUCGAGUUGACGUCGAUUUCUUCCGAUGGUAACACUGCUAUUCCUGGUCUCGAUCUGGACUUGUUGACUGUUAAUGAAGAAAAAACCAAAAUUAAAAAAGUGCCGUUUAGUAAACCAAUUCCUAGGAAUUUCCAAGCGCAAUGGAACGAAACUUACGAGGACGCAGCCGGGACGAUAAACGAAGUGAUUAGUCAAAUCGUCGAAAAUACGCCAGGAGUUGUCCCCUUGCAGAAAAUUGCCCCAAGUGCAAUUAUUAUCUACGGAAAACUUAUUCCAGUUGAACCGGGUUCGAAGCUGGAGCAGGCGAUAUCCGAGGGCCCCGAGGCUCUCCAGAAGUACAUCGACUCGGGUGAGAUCGAGGAGCUGCACGACGUGAUGCCAAUCGGCGACGACGAAGAUUACCUCAACGACUACGACAGCAACAACGACUCCCCCGGCGGUACAAACAUUCCCAGUCUCAUGCAAACCCCCCAAAUCGCGCCCCCAUCACUCGCCCAAGAUUCAGACAUGCGCAACGUGGACCAAGACAUGAGGGGGGCAUUUUCGUACGGCCGAGACAGCGACAUGCGAGAUCCCGACUAUCGAAAUGUCGUCAACCGCGAAUUGAACUUCCAGCCGCCCCCACGUGACUAUGACAUGGCCGACGAGGAUUUCCGCCAACCGUAUCGCAACGACCAGGACUUCCGCCACUACGAGGACGAGGAGGGCUAUGACGAGUACUAUGACGAGUCGAGGAACUGGCAACGCAGCAACGGGAAUUGGGGGAGGAACCAGAAUUUCGGUGGCAAUUUCAGGGGCUGGAGCGGCCAUGGCGAGUUCAGGGGCCGGGGGGGCAAACGCGGGGCUCGAGGACAGCGUAAUCCGAGGAGCAGGGCUCGGGGCGGCCGAGGGGGGGCUCCCAGGGGACAGUCGUCCUCCAGAGGGAGGUUUUAGUAGUCAUAUUGAUUACGAGUGCUAGUUAUUUUAACUUUUUCUGGAAACAGAAAGACGCUAUUGCCUCUGUGGUUUAUUUUCAGCUAUUUUACAACAGUAUCAAGGUUACAUAAUGUCAAGAACAAGAUGUUUGUCUUUUUUUUCAGGAAUAAAUAUUACGUUGAUUGUG